GACUCUUCCGUAGUGGCAAGCAGUCGCUAGCAAAAGCUAAUAGCUGUCUGUCAGAGAGUUUGACUUAUUAUUGAAAUCAAAUGAAUAAUCUUAAAUGAUUGACAAAGUGCCAUUUGAUCAGUUCUAUUUUUUAUCAAUUUAUAUUCUCCAUGGAAAUAAACCAACAAAAAAAUUACGAUUUAUUUGAAAUAAAAUUGUUUCAAAUCUAUUCAACGCUUAUGUAGUCUUCAUUACCGGAUUCCAAAUUUCACAGGUUAAAAUGAUUUAUCUGCUAACAUUAUCGUAAGAUAUCAUUGAGCAGUGAGGAGACUUGUAUUGAAGCUCGGAAAGCUAAAGGCAGUUUUGACACUUUUUCUGAAUAUUAUUACAAUAUUCGAAGAGAAGGGAUGAGUUAGCGGCAAGAUCAAGUCAAAGCAUUCGAAACAACCAGCAGUCAUACGACAGUAUCAAACCCUAAAAGUAUUUGUAAAAAUUUUAGAUUUGGAAAGUUGAAAACCAAGCAAGUGUCAAAUUAUUUUACGGACAGAUUUUUCAAUUUAAGAAAAAGGAAUUGUUUGAAUGAACUAUUUUAUCAUUGCCAUUUAAAAUAUUUAUGUAGUGAACUGAUGAGAACAAAGUUUUAAAUAAUACUAACUUUCAACUUGAUGAGAAAUAUUUUGUUCUUAAUUUCUAGUAAAUGUGUGUUAAAUUAUUAAUAGUGGUGAAACAUUGCAAUUAGUGAAAUAAUUCAUAAUUAGUGAAAAGUUUUAUUCAAAGAUACUUGUGUCAUUUCAAUAUAUAAAUUUAAGUAGCAAACAUGAAAUUGUGGAUUAUUGUUGGAAUAAUUACAGUAGUAGUUUCGAGUUCAUCUGCUGAAACUAACAGAAAUAAAAACAGAGGCAGAGGAUCUAUGUGGUGGGGUAUAGCGAAGGCAGGUGAGCCGAAUAAUCUUUUACCAAUGUCACCGACUUCGUUACACAUGGACCAAACAGUUUAUGGUACGCUUCGUAGGAAGCAGAGACGAUUAGCACGGGAAAAUCCUGGAGUUCUGAUGGCAAUCGCUCGAGGUGCGAAUUAUGCUAUUUCAGAAUGUCAGCAUCAGUUUAGGAAUCGCCGAUGGAACUGCUCGACUAAGAAUUUUUUGAGAGGCAAAAAUCUUUUCGGAAAAAUUGUAGAUAGAGGAUGUCGAGAAACUGCAUUCAUUUAUGCUAUAACGAGUGCUGCUGUUACUCAUAGUAUUGCAAGAGCAUGCAGCGAAGGUAGUAUACAAUCGUGCUCGUGUGACUACACUCAUCAGUCGAGAGCUCCACCUCAAGCGCGUGACUGGGAAUGGGGUGGUUGCUCCGAUAAUAUUGGAUAUGGAUUCAAGUUUUCUCGAGAAUUUGUAGAUACUGGUGAAAGAGGACGAAAUUUAAGAGAAAAAAUGAAUUUGCACAAUAAUGAAGCCGGAAGAGCUCAUGUGUCUUCAGAAAUGAGGCAAGAGUGUAAAUGUCAUGGUAUGUCUGGUUCAUGCACAGUAAAAACGUGUUGGAUGCGUCUCCCAUUAUUCAAAAUAGUUGGGGACAACCUAAAGGAUCGUUUUGAUGGCGCAUCUCGAGUAAUGAUCAGCAAUUCAGAUCGGAUUCGGGGAUCCGGAAAUGCAAUCAUUAGUAAUUCUGCCAGCAAUUCCGUUCAUGGCCCACGUCAAGGUCUUGGGCGCCGACAGCGUUACAGCUUUCAGCUGAAACCGUAUAAUCCAGAACACAAGCCACCAGGACUAAAGGAUUUAGUCUAUUUAGAACCAUCACCACCGUUUUGUGAAAAAAAUCCUAAACUAGGGAUAUUGGGUACUCAUGGUAGACAAUGUAAUGAUACAAGUAUUGGAGUAGAUGGAUGUGACUUAAUGUGUUGCGGACGAGGUUAUAAAACCCAGGAAGUAAUCGUUGUUGAAAGGUGCGCAUGUACGUUUCACUGGUGUUGUGAAGUCAAAUGCCAAUUAUGUAGAACAAAAAAAACAAUCCAUACCUGUCUAUGAAAUAGUGUUAUUAACAAUCAAUUUAAUUCUAAAAAUCGUAUUUCUCACUAAAUUCCAUUUAAUUUAAAACGUUAUAGUUCUGAACACGUUCAGUAUUAAUACAAGAUUUUAUUAUUUAUUACGUUCAAUUUGGACGCUUAAGCAAAGACUGAAAAUAAUGAAAUAAUUAUAAAUUAUGUUUUAUCAAAAAUACAGUGUUAAACGCAUUAGUGAUCAAUAUGUUUUGUAUAUAAAUAAUUCAAACAAAUAUGUUAUUUAUUGUGCAUUCUCAAGUAACACAAAUGUAACAAACUAAUUGUCACUUUGAAGGCACCUAUUAAAAAAAGUUAGAUCGAACAAGAUAUGGUCAUAUCAAGCCUGAUAAAAUUACUUCUGGUCGGAAAUGAAAAACAUUUUCUCUAUAGUUGUUCAAUUCUCUUGAUAAAUGAUCAGAUGUGAACAAAUAUGGCCAUAUCUCGUAAAAUCUAAUUUUUUUUUCUCGGGAGAUCGUCGAAAAAGUGAACGGAAACACAUACAAAUAUCUGUGUCGAUGUGUGCUGUAUCUUACUUGAAUAAGUUUAGAAAAUUUUCAAACUCUUGAUCAAUUUAUUUAACAUGGUUACGGAUAUGUAUAUUAAGGCGUUCAAAAAUAAAAAAAAAAGUUUUUUCUUGCAAACAGCUUCAAUAUUUUCGGUUAGGUAUAAUAAGAUAUUUGGUGAAACUUGAUUGCUUGGUAUUAAUAUUGAGAUUUACUGCAAGUACUUUUCAAUUUUUCAUGAAAUAACGACAAAUUUCAUGACUAAUCGCCUUACGAACGAAGUUUCUUAUUAUAUUAUAUUAAAUUAAAUUUUUCAAAAGUUAUUUAAAGUCAAAGUCGAACAUAUAGUAAAUUUGAACAUUAUUGGACUUUUGGUGAAAAUAUCAAACUCAUCAUAAAAUGUCAUAAUACCUUUUUUGUGAAUUGGUUUAGUUUCGUUGGAAUCACAGAAUGCUCAUUAGUUAUUAGCAUUUGACUGCCAAUUUAUUUCGAAAAGUGAUGUUUUGAACGUUUUUGAUUCAUUAUAAAAUUAAAAAUAGCAGAGUUUUCAACUCAAAGUUAGUUAUUUAUAAUAACAAAAUCAUAGAAACAAGUAUUACACUUUUUUAUGGAAAAAUUGCCAAUUAAUCUUAUUUAAUUUUAUUCAAAAAUAUUCAAUUCAAUCCUUCAUAAAAAUUUUCCAAUUAUUAACCAAAUAUUUAUGAGUAAAAAUAAAAGUGACUUUCAUUUCUCUACUUUACUGAUCAUACAUCAAUAACUUUGAAUUACUAAAUCUGCCUUUUUUAGUUUCGUAAUCAAUCAAUAAUAGUCAAAACAGUAUUUUUUUAACAAACUUAUAUUCAAAUGCAAAGAACUACAGCGCAUUUCAAACUCCGAAAACCUUGCAAAAGAUAAUUCGAGAGAAAUAAAAUGGUCUUUAAAAAAGGUCUUAUGACAUUUUGUGAGAAGCUUAGCAGAUAUGCUAGAAAUGUUAAAGAAUAUUAAAACUUAUUACAAAUCAGCUUUAAUUUCGUAUAGCUUUCAAAAAAAAAUCAAUUUAUCGAAAAACGAUACACUACCUUCCCUAUAGGGUGUUGAAUUUCCUAUAAAAAUAUGGUAAGCGUUUUAUUGUGAAAUUCGUCGUUGCUGAGAUGUAAAAGUCCAUACGUUCUCAUAUAUAUUUUCCUAUGUUAUUCUCAUGAAAAAUGAGAGAACGUUAUGCGAAACAUUUUAAUAUUAAUAUUGAGAGGGGUUCGCAAAUAAUUUUAUCCAAGUUUUUUUUCGAAAAGAAAACUGUAAUUACCAGAGACAUAGAAAAGCUCGAUGCAUUACGCUAUACUCAAACGAUCCUUGGUCUAAUUAAUUGAAAACUUUCUUCCGGCUGCCAGAAAAAUUUGGAUGAAGCCCCGUUUAUUGUGCUAGUGCGACAGACAGCUUCGCUCGUGCAUUCAAGUGCUAAAAAAAAAAAAAAAAAACUGCAAGCCUUCCUAAAAAACUCAAAUUUUGGGAGAUGUCUGUUGACAUCGAAUCGAAACUUUUGAAACUGUUUAAAAAAGUUUUUUUUUUAAUCAUUUCGUUAUAUAUAUAGGCAAAUCCAUUACUUUCAACGAAAGUGUGGGGUUGGGUCACCGAUAUGGCUGUUGACUUUUUCUUUGAAAGUAUGUUAGAAACUAAAAUAAUUCUGAUAAUUUGGGCCCAAUACGACUGAAUCUGGCCACUGGAGAAUUUUUUCGACUGUCAGAAGUUGAUUUUUUAAUCAUUUGCGAAAUUCAUAUCGCAGCUUCCUGGUAACUUAAAGAGUCCAUUUAACCGGCAUUAUUCUUCACUAACCCUAUAUUUUUGGAAAAAAAGAGUAGUUUGUUAUUUUAAACUCAAAUCUGACGUCGUUGGGAGUUUUCAACCAAACUACUGUGUGAGUAAAAUUUUGGUUAUCUUUAAAAGGCUCUUAAAUCGACAGAUUUAACGUAGAGGGAUAGUUGAUAGCUCAUAUUUUUGGUUAAUGUAUUUUCAAGAAUUCAUAGCCCGGAAACCAGUUCUAUUCUAAACUUGAAAUUAUCAGGGUUCUGUCAGGAUAGAAUGUAGGGGAGACCGGGGCAAGACGGCCCACCUAAGCCGGUUAUUAUUAUUUGUGGCUUUUAACCAUCAAGUCGAUUUACUCUUGUCCAACUUGAACUCAAUUCAUCAAAAUUUUGGUGAAGCUCCUGAAAAAAAAAUUUUUUUUUUUUGGGGCAAGACGGCCCCCUUCGAAAAGAAAUGAAAAAAAAAUUUUUUUUUUUUUAAUUGUAAAAAAAUUUCCCGCGUAACAAAUGUUUAUAUUUUUCUCUUUAACAACUGUAUUUACUUUAAUAUUACUCGAAAUAACCUUUUUUGAUAUAAUACGAGUCAUUUUUUCACUUCUGUAGAAAAUUGAUUAUUGGUUUUUUUAACUUUUUCAAAUGCUCUAUUUUAAUCCAAAUCCAUAUUAUCAACCAAAAAAUGAUAUUUCUAUUAAAUUAAUCAUGACUAGGUUAUAAUACUAUGAAAUACAUAUUCUUUUAGAAUUUUUGAGUGGUUCAUUUUGCCCCAAGUUUCACGUAUUGGGCUAAAAAUGAGUAAAUAAUCUAAAUUUGUGAUAAUCAAAAGAAAACAAGAAAAAAAAAUUUUUGGUUAAUUUUUGAGGUGGGCCUUCUUGCCCCAGGUGGGCCGUCUUGCCCCUGUCUCCCCUAUAAUCUCUGCACAGAAAAAACAGUUAACUUGAUACAAGGAAAAUAUUGUCUUCCGAAUUUUCUUUCUUGAUUUAAUAAAAGUAAAACACUUGAUUCAAAAACUUUUUUUUGGUUCAAGACAGUAAAUUCUCUUGCUCCAAAAAAAUUUAUUUUUGAAGCGAAAUUGAAAAUUUCUUGGUUUAAGAAAAAAAAUUCUUGGCUACAGAAAAGAAGUCAUCUCUUGCCAAAAAAUCAACGUUUUGAACGAAAAAAAGUUUAACUUCGGCCAAAAAAGAAAAAAUCUCUUAGCCCAAGAAAAAAAUUCUCUUGCUCCGAAAAAUAAAUUGCUUAAGUGAAAAUAAAAGUUGCUUGUGCCAAAAAAAAAAAAUUUCUUGCUCCAAAAGUUUGCUUCUUUAAUGAAGACUUAAAUUUUUCUUAGUCAAAAAUGUAUUCUCUCUUCGAAAGGUUGACGUGUGGAUUUCUUUUUUUUUGUUUUUAUUUGAAACGUAAUUUUUUGUGUUUUUUUUCCGAGCAAAAUUAUUCAAGACUUGAAUUUCAAGUAACUUUAAUAUUAAAUAUUAAAGUCAUGAAUCAUGAUGUAUUAUAGGAUAUACUAUAGUACAAUUCAAAAGGGUACUUGUAGUUCUGUCAAAUGACAGAAGAGUACCCGAACAAAAUCGUACUGAAAUUUGGAAUUUAACACUUCUGAAAUAAAUGUCUCACCAGGGACACUACAUGUCGUAGGCGCGAUCUCGUGGCGAGCACCGAACUACUCCCGCUGCUGCUGUCUAGCACCGGUGACUUUCUCCUUCUCCAUAUCGAUCUUUUCUCCCAAGAAAUUUUUUCUCUUGGCUUAAGCAACUUUUGUUUUCUUGGUCGGAGAAUUCAAAAAUACUUGCGUAAAAAGAAUAGUACUUGUUCCGAGAAAUUUUAUUUUUUUUAAUUAAAAAACUACAAUAUUGCUACAAAAAAAUAAUUUAUCUUGCUCCAAAAAAAAUAUAUCUUACUUUAAGAAAUAUAAACUCUUGAAACAAGUGAAAAUUUUUUGAUUUAAGCGUAAAAAUAUGUUGACGUGAGAAAAAAAUUUUGAUUCAAGAUAAAAAUUUGAAGAUAAUUGUUUACUUGGGGCAAGUAAAUUUUUAUUUUCCGAAUAGAUCAACAAAAAUUUCUUGAAUCAAGAAUAUUUUCCUUGAUUCAAGUUAACUGUUUUUUCUGUGUGGGAAUUUCAAAAGGAUAUCGAUUUCAUAGAAAAAAAUUAUGGUCAUCUAAAAAAAAAAUCUGUUUGUCGGUUGACCCUCGGGCCAGCCCCAAAACUUCCCGCUGUUUUCGAGUCUUUGAGCUCAAGAACAUAGUUAUGAGUACAUUUUCGAGCUCUACGAGCUCGAAAAUACUCUUGGAUGCUAGUGGUUUUUCACGAGCUUUUCGACCUCAAACAUAUUACAGUACAUUAUAUCGUGAUUUUGCGGGGAAAAUGACAUAAAAUGUUACUUUUUCAACUCUUUGUCAUCAAUAUUUUUUAAACUAAUUGACGGAUUUUGAUGUACAAUGUAGCAGUCAGCGCGUUUUACUGAGUUUCCGAGCUGAUUAUAUUUGGAAAAUGUUUGAUUCAGUCGUUUCAGAGAUAUUCGCGAAAUACCUUUUUUAAUAAUUUCUUUCUGCGACGAUAUUUCUCGAACGGAUUAAGCGAUUGGGAUGGUUAAAGUGGCAAUCGAUGCGUCUUAUCAAGUUCUAGAACUGAUUAGAUUUAAAAAAUGUUUGAUUCAGUCGUUUCAAAGAUAUUCGCGAAAAACCGUUUUUUACCAUUUCUUUCUCCUACGAUAUCUCUCGAACGAAUGAUCCGAUUUUGAUGGUUAAGGUGGCAAUCGACGCGUCUUAUUAAGUUUUAGAGCUUAUGUUGGAAUUGAUCGUUCGAAUCGUUUUCGAGAAAUUAAAAAAAAAAACGAAAAAAAAAAAAAUUUUUUUUUCGUAAUUUGCCGAUAUUUUCGAGUCUACUCGAUAGAAUAAUCUGAAAUUUUCAGGAAAGUUGAGGGCCAACAACCUCUUUCGAUUGCCGUAAGAAUGAUUUGAAUCGGUUUAAUAGUUUAAAAGUUAUGAAAGGUUUACACACACACUCACACACACACAUACAUACAGCCGCUCGGACAUCAUUCUGAAAAUUAGUGCAGAUUUCAACAGAAUAUACGUUUACAAAGAAUAUGAGCCAUCAACCGUCCCUCCACUUUGAAAAUUGGCAAUUUAGGAGCCUUUUAAAGAUAAACACAAUUUUACUAACUCAGUAGUUUGGUUGAAAGCUCCCAACGGCGCCAGAUUUGAGUGAAAUUACAAACUACUUAUUUCGCAAAAAUAUAGGGUGAGUGAAAAAGAAUGGCGCUUGAAUGGAGUCUUCAAGUUACCUGCGAUAUAAAUUUCAAAAAUGAUUAAAAAAUCGACUUCUAACUUUCAAAAAAAUUCUCCAGCGGCCAGAUUUAGUCGUAUUGGGUUCAAAUUUUCAGGAUAAUUUUAUUUUCUAACAUACUUUCAAGGAAAAAAUCAACAGCCAUAUCGGUGACCCAACCCCACACUUUCGUUGAUAGUAAUGGAUCUUAUAUAUAUAUCCAGUAUAUAUAUAUAAUCAUUGAACUAAACAUAAUAUUUUUUAUAUAAUUGCCAAAAUAAUUUGUUUUCUAUCAUAUGAAUGUAAAUAAAAAUAGAAAUAUUGAACAUUGAUUAUAUCACUCUUUCAAAUUAAUAUAUAAUGUACAUAAAACUAAUGUUAUCUUUCAAGUAAUUGAAAAUUUUUUGUAAAUAUUUAUGAAUUAAUGGUAUCUUAUAUUUUCACCAAUAUCUUCAUCCAACGAUUGUAAUAAAAUGAAUGGAUCAAAUAUAUUUUUUUUUCUUCUAAUCAGUUGAAAUUGUAUAUCUGUAUAUAAUAUUAUUAAAUUCUAUGUACACUGACAUAUUUAUGAAUACAAAUAAAUCUAUCAUUGUAUCUGCUCAGUAACUUUAAAAUAACUUUAGAUGUAAAAAAUUUAAUUUCAUCCACAGUACUCAGUCACUUUCCUGAAUAAGUAAGAUUCUACACAGAAAAAAGUAUAUUCUGACGUGAGAAAUUUUCUUCCGCCACAAGAAUAGUUUUUGCAAUUUUGAAUGAAACUAAAUAUUUUCUGAAGAUGAUAAAAGUAGAUUUUUUGCCUGAGAAUGUAAUUAAUUGCUUGAGGAGUGAAAAAUCCUUACUCUAAGAGUAAUUAAUUUUGAAUCGAGAUAAUGUGAUUCUAGUCAAGAAUAAAAAGUAUAAGGUUCAACGUAAAAGUUUUUCUUAGGAAAGGUAACUGUUCUAUACAAAACUGGCGGAAGUGUAUACUUCACAUUGUAGACUCGGCUCAAAAUUAAAAUGGUCUUGAGUUGAAAAUUUUUUUCCUCUAAUGUUCAAUUACUAAUAUUAUAAUUUCCCGUGUAUGCCCAAAAGGGCGUGGAAACGGUCUCCCGUAAAACAGAGAUGGAGUACGGUCCCGUUACAUAAAUUAAUAUUGUAACGAACGUGAAACUGAUUUUUUUAAAUAUUUGAAUAACUAGCAAACAAAUGCCUACUUCUCGUGUUUUAAAAAAACGCGACUAGAGUCAGUUAAUCAUAAUUUGAUAGCAUAACAGCAUAAAUCUUGUAUUUAAAUAAACUAUAUUUUUCUUUGCCUUUCUUUUACUG